AUGCAGAAGGCCCCCUCCCCCAGCGGGGCCACCGAGUGGGACUGGCUGCUGCUGGUGGUGGUGGUGGCGGUGGUGGACCUCCCCUCCCCGCGCCAGCAGCCCAGGCUCCUGUGGGCGGCCCACGGGCUCAGUGCAGCCACUCCCCGGAGCAGCAGCCGACGCCUGAUCCUCGGUCGUUUCGUGACCCUGGGAGCUGCCGAGACCCUAAAUCCAGGGAACCCCGUGGCCCACCUGCCCCCGGCUCAGCUUGGCUCGGGCCCGGGAUGGGGGCUCAGCUCAGGCCGGCCCGGGGGGUCACUGAAGCCUGGGCUGUUGGUCACCCUGAGGGGCAGGGACCACGCCAACACAUCUCCAGCCGCUCGGGGAGGUUCCCCCCGUGGGGAGGCCACUAUCUGCUGCGUUGAUGUGAAGGGACAGGGGGUGCAUGACCAGUCCGGCCACAACAUAGCACGCCUCUUCCCCCUUUCCGGUGAACAGCCGGGCCACGCAAAAGCGACUGAGAAACCAAUGGCCACCGGAGGGAGGACAGGGGAGGGUCCCGGCCCCGACGCCCCCCGCCCAACCCAGUUGGCCUCCCCUCUGCAGCGGGCAGUAGCCAUGCUGGCCUCUGUGUUGGUGACACUGGCCCUCCUGGAGGUGACCGUGGCCCUGAAGAUCGGCGCAUUCAACAUCCAAAGCUUUGGGGACAGCAAAGUGGCCGAUGAAGGGACCUGUCAGUCCAUCGCCCAGAUCGUGGCCCGGUUCGACAUUACCCUGGUGCAAGAAGUCCGGGACUCGGACCUGAGCGCCAUCACCACCCUGAUGGACGAGAUCGGCAGGGGGUCCGAACACACCUACGACUUCCUGACCAGUUAUCCUCUAGGACGGGACAACUACAAAGAGAUGUAUCUCUUCAUUUACAGGACAGAGGCUGUGUCAGUGGUGGACAGCUACUGCUACCCAGACCCCGACGACGUGUUCAGCCGCGAGCCUUUUGUCGUCAAGUUCUCCUCACCGCACACAAAGGUGAAAGAGUUCGUACUGGUGCCCCUGCACGCAGCCCCGCACAACGCGGUCGCCGAGAUCGACGCCCUCUACGAUGUCUACCUGGGCGUCAUCGACCGCUGGGGAACCGACGACAUCCUGUUCCUGGGAGACUUCAACGCCGACUGUAGCUACGUCCGGCAGCACGACUGGCCCAACGUCCGCCUGCGGACCAGCGCCGUGUUCCACUGGCUCAUCCCCGACGGCACCGACACCACCGUGGGCAACUCCGACUGCACCUACGACAGGAUCGUGGUCUGCGGCUCCAACCUGCGGAAGUGUGUCGACCCUGGCUCUGCUGGCAUCUACAACUUCCAGAAGGCCUUGAACUUGGACCAGGAACAGGCGCUGGCCAUCAGUGACCAUUUCCCGGUGGAAGUGACCCUGAAGACGCGCUGAGAGGCCGGGAGGGCCCGGGCGUGUCUCCCUCGGGCCCCAGCCCCAUCGCCGGCUCGGUCAGCCCACCGUGGGGCCCCCCACCCCACCGCAGCAAGGGACAGCAGGCUGGGAGAGGUGGGCACCACAAACCCCACCUCCUUUGGCCGCGAGACUGGAAAUCAGCUAUUAGGAGAUGAAACCGAGUAGCGAGCCUGGCGCUAAAGCCCACUCCACAUCGAGCCCAGGCUCUCCAGCCGGCCCCGUGCCCCCUGCCCAGCCCGGCCCUCGCCCGACCAAACUGAAAAUGUGAGAGGGAAGGAGCCCCCGGGGCGGCAGACGGCCCCAGAAGCCCUGCCGGGAGGUUACUACUCCACCAGGACUGGGAGUCUUGGCCCAGGAGCUGCUCGGGCUGUGGCGGGGAGGGAAAGACCACCUGGGCCUCAGUGUGGGCCUGCCAAGAAAUUCCCCACCCCUCCCGGGGGCAAGGGGCCUGAGCUCCACCUGUGAGGACCCCCCACACACACAUACACCAGCUGGACCACUUGGAGGUGAGGGGGUCCCCUGCCCUGCCGGUAAGGAUGGUGUGACCUGUGCAGCUGCCCCUGCACAGUGCUGUGACCUCCUUGCCGGCCCCCAACUGAGCGUGGCCCCUACCGGAAUGAUUAAUGAGCCCCCAUCGCCCCUCCAGCGGCAGUUCAAGGUCCCGUCUCCACCUGCCUGGGGGGGACCACCCGGCUCCUCCCUCGGUGAGGGGGCCCGGGCCCACUCCUGCUCCCACAGUCUCCCAGGAGGCCCUGCCAAGUGCAAAGUCUCUGCC